UCCUUGAUUCAGAACCUUUUCGAUUCUUCAUUCUCCUCCCGACUAUCCAGUUGUGGUCCUCUGAGGAGUAUGCCAUCUAACUUUGUGUGCAUCGAUUAACCCAAGACGGCCUUUAAGUUGUUCGUAGUGGUGGUGGUUUGGAAUUGUCAUCAUCCAGUGCGAAAUCAGUCCGAACGAAUGGCGUCCACACAUCCCCCUUCAUCGACGCUUCCUGCCGCCGGACUCAACGGCCGCAUCAAACAGACUCUAGCCACGGGGGAAUUGAGUGAUGUCAAAUUUUCUGUCGGCCGGGAUUUCGGCCUGGGAUACGUGCAGGUCUUUCCAGCGCACAAGUACAUCGUGUGUAUUCGCAGCGCGGUCUUCCAGGCCAUGUUCUACGGCAGCGUACCGGAAACAGGCCCGCAGGUCGACAUUCCUGAUUGUAUGCCCGAAGCCUUCGCUAACAUGCUCAGUUUCAUGUACACCGAAGCCGUGGAGAAUCUGACCGUGGACAAUGUCAUCGCGACCAUGCGCUGCGCUGACAAGUAUGAUGUGCCGCAGUUGACCAGCAAGUGCGCGGGGUUUAUCACUACCCACCUGAAUCGCGACAACUGUCUGACCUUGUUGGAGCAGGCGAUUUACUGGCGGGUGGAUGAUGAUAUCGUGGAGACGUGCCUGAAGAAGCUGGAGUGGGAGAGCAAUGCCAUCCUGCAGUCGGAGCAGUUCACCACCAUCACACAGGGCACUCUGAAGAUGAUUCUGCAGCGCAACCGUCUAUGCACGCCGGAGAACGCCAUCUACAUGGCCGUGGAACGAUGGACGGUGGAGGCGUGCAAUCGUCAAGUUUUGGAACCGUCGACGGCUAACCGGCGUGCGGUGCUGGGCGAGGCGUUGUUCCUGGUCCGCUUCCCGCUCCUGACCGGCGCACAGCUGACUGCCGGUCCCGGCAAGGAGGGCGGCCGUCUCCUGCUGGACAGUGAACUAUUGAGCAUCUUCCUGUACCAGAACGGCGCCACCAGUACGCCGCUGCCCUUUCGGACGGACCCCCGCGAACCCGUGGACCUGAGCCAUAUAAAGCUGCCGCCCAUUAUAGAAAUAAACUUUCCGAUCUCGGUCAGCGACCUGUGGCAGCAGCCGUCCGUGCAGCGUGCCGCAAAGCGCCCGAGAAAGAGACGACGCCCGAACCGACAAGUCGCCUGGUGGUAGACGCACGCAAAUGUAUUGCAAAUACGCAGCGUUUCCUAGGGAAACCACGCGUAGGAUUGUGGAUUUGAUUCACGAACAGACGUGGAAAAUAUGUGUAAUGCUUUUUAUUACGUUGCUCUCUUUCGCCCUGCAAAUGUUUUUUAUAUUAUUGAAGCGGAUUGAUGUCUAAGCGGUUCACCAGGUUGUGUCUAACUGUUCUGACCAGCUUCCCAUGAGCGCAUCAUGACUGCGCACAUUGUAUUAUCGGUAGCUGGCCAACCUGGUUCUUCUUUCGUUUGUACGGGAUGUUCUCAUUA